AAUGAAUCUUCUAUCAUGGCAGUUGACGACAGCAAUGUAUAUUCCAGAACGAAGAACAAACUCAGUUUGUCGCAAAAUGAUUACAAGUCAUCAAGACGGAGCAGUCUGCCACCUGAACUACUCGUAGGAAAUGACACUCGAGGGAGGCUUCAAAGGAACAUUAAGAAUUUGGAGCCGGUUCACCUGAGGCGUCCGAAAAAAAGACCAUCCAUAUUUCCAGCUUCUCCAGUUGGCAACGGUUACAUCAAGCCUCCAGUUCCACCCGUUCCCGGCACUCAAAGGGAGAAAGGGCCGCCCACCAUGCUGCCCAUCAGCGUGGACCCAGACAGCAAGCCAGGGGAAUACGUCCUCAAGAGUCUGUUCGUGAACUUCACCACCCAGGCCGAGCGCAAGAUCCGCGUCAUCAUGGCGGAACCCCUGGAAAAACCAUUGACAAAGUCUUUACAACGUGGAGAAGACCCCCAGUUUGAUCAAGUCAUCAGCUCGAUGAGCUCCCUGUCUGAGUACUGCCUGCCUUCCAUUCUUCGCACAUUAUUUGACUGGUAUAAAAGGCAAAACGGCAUUGAGGAUGAGUCACACGAAUACAGACCAAGAACAAGCAAUAAAUCAAAAAGCGAUGAACAGCAACGAGAUUAUUUAAUGGAAAGACGGGACCUUGCCAUUGAUUUUAUUUUUUCUUUAGUAUUAAUAGAAGUUUUGAAACAGAUUCCCCUUCAUCCUGUAACAGACAGUUUAAUACACGAUGUCAUUAAUUUGGCUUUCAAGCACUUUAAAUACAAAGAAGGGUACCUUGGUCCUAACACGGGCAAUAUGCACAUUGUGGCAGACUUGUAUGCAGAAGUCACUGGAGUGUUGGCACAAGCUAAAUUCCCUGCCGUAAAGAAGAAAUUUAUGGCAGAACUAAAAGAAUUACGGCAUAAAGAGCAGAGCCCGUAUGUGGUUCAAAGCAUUAUCAGCUUGAUAAUGGGGAUGAAAUUCUUUCGGAUUAAGAUGUAUCCAGUGGAGGACUUUGAGGCUUCUCUUCAGUUUAUGCAGGAAUGUGCACAUUAUUUCCUUGAGGUCAAAGACAAAGACAUCAAGCACGCCUUGGCUGGGCUUUUUGUGGAAAUUCUUGUCCCAGUUGCUGCUGCUGUGAAAAAUGAAGUGAAUGUCCCCUGCCUUAGAAACUUUGUUGAAAGCCUCUACGAUACCACACUGGAACUUUCUUCUCGAAAGAAGCAUUCCUUGGCCUUGUACCCCCUGGUGACCUGCCUGCUCUGUGUCAGUCAAAAGCAGCUGUUUCUCAACAGGUGGCAUGUUUUCCUCAACAACUGCUUAUCCAACCUCAAAAAUAAAGACCUCAAGAUGGCUCGAGUUGCCCUGGAAUCUUUGUACCGAUUACUUUGGGUUUACAUGAUUCGCAUCAAAUGUGAAAGCAACACAGCCACUCAGAGCCGACUUAUAACCAUCGUCACAACCCUUUUCCCCAGAGGCUCCCGCGGGGUGGUACCCAGAGAUAUGCCCCUGAACAUCUUUGUGAAAAUCAUCCAGUUCAUUGCUCAGGAGCGUUUAGAUUUUGCAAUGAAAGAAAUCAUUUUUGAUUUUCUUUGUGUGGGAAAACCAGCGAAAGCGUUCAGUCUCAAUCCAGAGAGAAUGAACAUUGGUUUAAGGGCAUUCCUGGUCAUCGCUGACAGCUUGCAGCAGAAAGAUGGCGAACCUCCCAUGCCAGUGACAGGCGCUGUUCUUCCUUCAGGAAACACAUUGAGAGUGAAGAAAACAUAUUUGAGUAAAACUCUAACUGAAGAGGAAGCCAAAAUGAUAGGCAUGUCAUUAUAUUACCCUCAAGUACGAAAAGCUGUGGACAAUAUUUUAAGGCACCUUGAUAAAGAAGUAGGAAGAUGUAUGAUGCUAACUAAUGUCCAGAUGUUAAACAAAGAACCCGAAGACAUGAUCACGGGUGAGAGGAAGCCAAAAAUCGAUCUUUUCAGGACCUGUGUGGCUGCCAUUCCUCGACUGCUUCCUGAUGGGAUGUCAAAGCUUGAACUGAUCGACCUGCUGGCUAGGCUUUCGAUUCACAUGGACGACGAACUGCGACAUAUUGCACAAAAUUCUCUGCAGGGUUUACUGGUUGACUUCUCAGACUGGAGAGAAGAUGUUCUGUUUGGCUUUACCAACUUCCUGCUGCGUGAAGUCAAUGACAUGCAUCACACACUCCUCGAUUCGUCCCUGAAGCUUCUGCUGCAGCUGCUCACCCAGUGGAAACUGGUCAUCCAAACUCAAGGAAAAGUCUACGAGCAAGCCAACAAAAUCAGGAGCUCAGAGCUAAUUCCCAAUGGGUCCAGCCACAGAACGCAGUCGGAGCGAGGUCCCCACUGUAGCGUCCUCCACGCCGUGGAAGGGUUCGCCCUGGUCUUGCUCUGCAGUUUCCAGGUCGCCACCCGCAAGCUGUCUGUUUUAAUACUCAAGGAAAUCCGAGCCUUAUUUAUUGCCCUGGGUCAGCCUGAGGACGACGACAGGCCUAUGAUUGACGUGAUGGAUCAACUGAGCUCCUCCAUCCUUGACAGUUUUAUUCACGUGGCUGUUUCUGACUCAGCCACCUUGCCACUGACCCACAGUGUGGAUCUGCAGUGGUUGGUCGAGUGGAACGCAGGCCUGGUCAACAGCCAUUACGAUGUGAAAAGCCCUUCCCACGUCUGGAUUUUCGCCCAGUCUGUCAAAGACCCCUGGGUGCUCUGCCUCUUCAGCUUCCUGCGGCAGGAGAACCUGCCCAAGCACUGCCCCACAGCCCUCAGCUACGCCUGGCCCUACGCCUUUACUCGGCUCCAGGCGGUGAUGCCUCUCGUGGACCCAAACAGCCCAAUCAAUGCCAAGAAAACCAGCAGUGCCACCAGCAGCGGAGACAACUACGUUACCUUGUGGAGGAAUUACCUCAUUCUUUGUUUUGGAGUUGCGAAGCCCAGUAUCAUGAGCCCCGGUCACUUACGAGCUUCCACUCCAGAAAUCAUGGCGACCACGCCUGAUGGUACCGUGAGCUACGAUAACAAGGCCAUAGGCACCCCGUCGGUGGGCGUUCUGUUAAAGCAGUUGGUGCCUUUGAUGAGACUGGAGAGCGUUGAGAUCACGGAGUCCUUGGUCUUGGGAUUUGGAAGAACAAACACCCUUGUUUUCAGAGAAUUGGUAGAAGAGCUUCAUCCAUUGAUGAAAGAAGCCCUAGAACGAAGACCAGAGAACAAGAAGCGCCGAGAACGGCGAGAUCUGCUAAGACUACAGCUCCUUCGAAUUUUUGAACUUCUGGCCGACGCUGGUGUGAUAAGUGACAGCACAAAUGGGGCCUUAGAACGGGACACGUUAGCCCUCGGAGCUCUGUUCUUAGAAUAUGUGGACUUGACCCGCAUGCUUCUAGAAGCUGAAAACGAUAAAGAGGUUGAAAUCCUUAAAGAUAUCCGGGCGCAUUUUAGCGCAAUGGUGGCCAACUUGAUCCAGUGUGUUCCAGUCCACCACAGAAGAUUUCUGUUCCCACAGCAAAGCCUGAGGCACCAUCUCUUCAUCUUAUUUAGCCAGUGGGCGGGCCCCUUCAGCAUUAUGUUCACCCCCCUGGAUCGGUACAGUGACAGAAACCACCAGAUCACAAGAUACCAGUAUUGUGCUUUAAAGGCAAUGUCAGCAGUAUUGUGCUGUGGCCCCGUCUUUGACAACGUGGGUCUUUCCCCCGAUGGCUACCUAUAUAAGUGGCUUGACAACAUUCUGGCUUGUCAAGAUUUACGAGUUCAUCAGCUUGGCUGUGAAGUUGUCGUCUUGCUCUUGGAACUUAACCCUGACCAGAUAAAUCUUUUUAAUUGGGCCAUUGACCGAUGCUACACAGGCUCCUACCAGCUAGCGUCUGGCUGCUUCAAAGCCAUAGCGACUGUGUGUGGAAGCAGGAACUACCCCUUCGACAUAGUGACAUUGUUAAACCUUGUACUGUUCAAGGCCUCUGACACCAACAGAGAGAUUUAUGAAAUUUCUAUGGAGCUCAUGCAGAUCCUUGAAGCAAAGCUUUUUGUAUACUCGAAGAAAGUGGCCGAGCAGAGACCUGGCAGCGUCCUGUACGGCACACACGGCCCGUUGCCACCCCUCUACAGCGUGUCUCUGGCGCUCUUGUCCUGUGAACUGGCCAGGAUGUACCCCGAGCUCACCCUUCCUCUCUUCUCAGAGGUGAGCCAGCGGUUCCCCACAACUCAUCCAAACGGACGUCAGGUCAUGCUUGCCUACCUGCUGCCCUGGCUGCACAACAUCGAGCUGGUGGACAGCAGGCUCCUGCUCCCGGGGUCAAGCCCCAGCAGCCCCGAGGACGAAGCCAAGGACCGGGAAGGGGAAGUGACUGCCUGCCAUGGGCUGAAAGGGAAUGGCUGGGGCUCUCCGGAAGCCACGUCACUGGUCCUGAAUAAUCUCAUGUACAUGACAGCCAAGUACGGAGACGAAGUUCCUGGGUCAGAAAUGGAAAACGCUUGGAACGCGUUAGCCAACAACGAGAAAUGGAGCAACAACCUGAGGAUAACCUUGCAGUUUCUCAUCAGCCUGUGUGGGGUCAGCAGUGAUACACUCCUCUUGCCCUAUAUUAAAAAGGUGGCCAUAUACCUGUGCCGUAACAACACCAUUCAAACCAUGGAGGAGCUGCUGUUCGAGCUGCAACAGACGGAGCCGGUCAACCCUAUUGUCCAGCACUGUGACAACCCACCCUUCUACCGCUUCACGGCCAGCAGCAAGGCUUCCGCAGUGGCCUCUGGAACCACAUCCAGCAGCAACACAGUGGUGGCCGGCCAGGACGGUUUCCCAGACGCUGAAGAGAGCAAGGUAGUGAAAGAAUGUGACGAAAGGUUUAGCAAUGUCAUCAGAACCCACACUCGCCUGGAGUCAAGAUACAGCAAUAGCUCUGGAGGAUCCUAUGAUGAGGAUAAAACUGACCCAAUUUCUCCCUACACGGGCUGGUUGUUGAAUAUUACAGAGACCAAGCAGCCACAGCCUUUACCGAUGCCUUGUACCGGAGGAUGCUGGGCACCCCUGGUUGACUACCUCCCAGAAACCAUCACUCCACGGGGGCCACUCCAUCGGUGCAAUAUUGCUGUCAUUUUCAUGACGGAGAUGGUGGUGGAUCACAGUGUGAGAGAAGACUGGGCCCUUCAUCUGCCGUUACUACUUCACGCCGUCUUCUUGGGUUUGGACCACUACCGGCCUGAGGUCUUUGAACACAGCAAGAAACUGCUCCUCCACCUCCUAAUUGCCCUGUCCUGCGACAGCAGCUUCCACGCCAUUGCCUCUGUGCUGCUGCAGACUCGAGAGAUGAGCGAGGCCAAGACUCUGACGGUGCAGCCAGCGUACCAGCCCCAGUACCUCUACACAGGUGGCUUCGACUUCCUGAGAGAGCACCAGUCCUCCCCGGUGCCCGACUCGGGGCUGAGCUCCAGCUCCACCUCGUCCAGCAUCAGCCUGGGAGGCAGCAACGGGAAUCUCCCACAGAUGACCCAAGAGGUGGAAGAUGUGGACACAGCUGCGGAGACGGAUGAGAAGGCCAACAAGCUGAUUGAGUUUCUGACAACCAGGGCAUUUGGGCCACUUUGGUGCCAUGAAGACAUCACACCCAAAAAUCAAAAUUCAAAGAGUGCUGAACAGCUCACCAACUUUCUACGCCAUGUUGUAUCCGUAUUUAAAGAUUCCAAAUCAGGUCUCCAUCUGGAGCAGCACCUGAGUGAAGUUGCGCUGCAGACGGCCCUGGCCAGCUCCUCCAGGCACUGUGCGGGGCGAGCCUUCCAGAUAUUCAGAGCUCUCAAGCAGCCCCUGUCAGCUCAUGCCUUGUCCGACCUCCUCUCAAGGUUGGUGGAGGUGAUCGGAGAACAUGGAGAUGAGAUCCAGGGUUAUGUCAUGGAAGCACUCUUGACCUUGGAAGCGGCCGUGGAUAACUUGUCUGACUGCUUGAAGAACAGCGAUCUCUUGGCUGUAUUAUCUCGCUCAUCAUCACCAGAUUUAAGCUCUAGUGCAAAAUUAACAGCAAGCAGAAAGAGCACAGGACAACUCAAUGUGAACCCAGGAACUGCCAGUGGCAGCACAGCUACUGCAGAACGCAGCCGGCACCAGAGAAGCUUCUCUGUCCCCAAGAAGUUCGGUGUCAUAGACCGAUCUUCAGACCCACCUCGAAGCGCUACACUGGACAGAAUCCAGGCUUGUACCCAGCAAGGCCUCUCCUCAAAAGCCAGGAGCUCAUCUUCCUUGAAAGACAGCCUGACCGACCCAUCCCACAUCAACCAUCCAACCAACCUGUUGGCCACCAUCUUCUGGGUCACGGUGGCCUUGAUGGAGUCUGACUUUGAGUUUGAAUACCUAAUGGCCCUAAGACUCCUGAGUAGACUUCUGGCUCAUAUGCCACUGGAUAAAGCUGAGACCCGAGAAAAGCUUGAGAAACUCCAGGCGCAGCUCAAGUGGGCUGACUUCUCAGGGCUGCAACAGCUGCUGCUGAAAGGGUUCACGUCUCUCACCACCGCAGACCUGACCCUGCACCUCUUCAGUCUGCUGACGCCAGUAUCCAAAGCACCCAUGGUGGACUCAUCCCAGGCUAUUGGGUUUCCACUGAAUGUCUUGUGUCUCCUGCCCCAGCUGAUCCAGCAUUUUGAAAACCCCAAUCAGUUCUGUAAGGAUGUGGCCGAAAGGAUCGCCCAGGUUUGUUUGGAGGAGAAGAACCCCAAGCUCUCGAAUCUCGCACACGUCAUGAGUCUGUAUAAAACCCACAGCUACACGAGGGACUGUGCCACAUGGGUCAAUGUGGUCUGUCGCUAUCUUCAUGAAGCAUAUGCUGAUGUGACCUUGAACAUGGUGACCUACCUGGCAGAGCUGCUGGAGAAGGGCCUCCCUAGCAUGCAGCAGCCCCUGCUCCAAGUGAUCUACAGUCUGCUCAGCUACAUGGACCUUUCUGUCAUUCCUGUGAAGCAGUUUAACGUGGAAGUCCUGAAGACCAUUGAAAAAUAUGUGCAAAGUAUUCACUGGAGAGAAGCUUUGAAUAUCCUGAAGCUGGUAGUUUCUCGAUCUGCCAGCCUCGUCCUGCCUUCCUACCAACACAGUGAUCUUUCGAAAAUAGAAAUACAUCGAGUGUGGACCAGCGCUUCUAAGGAAUUACCCGGAAAAACCCUGGAUUUUCACUUUGAUAUUUCAGAGACGCCCAUCAUUGGGCGGCGGUAUGAUGAACUGCAGAAUUCUUCAGGGCGUGAUGGGAAGCCCAGGGCGAUGGCCGUCACCCGGAGCACAUCCUCCACCUCAUCGGGCUCCAACUCCAACGUCCUCGUUCCCGUGAGCUGGAAAAGGCCUCAGUAUUCUCAGAAGAGGACAAAAGAGAAGUUGGUGCAUGUCCUUUCUUUGUGUGGCCAAGAAGUAGGAUUAAGCAAAAACCCAUCAGUGAUUUUCUCGUCAUGCGGGGACUCGGACCUGCUGGAGCACCAGGCAAGUCUGGUUUCUUCUGAGGACGGCGCACGAGAGCAGGAGAACAUGGACGAUACAAACAGCGAACAGCAGUUCAGAGUCUUCAGAGACUUCGACUUCCUAGACGUGGAGCUGGAAGAUGGAGAGGGCGAGAGCAUGGACAACUUCAACUGGGGCGUGCGGAGGCGGUCCCUGGACAGUCUGGACAAGUGCGACAUGCAGCUGCUGGAGGAGCACCAGCUCUCAGGGCGCACCCCCAGCCUCAGUAAGGCGGACCGUGAGGAUUCCGACGAGUCCUCCGAGGAGGAGGACCUCCCCACCAGCCAACUGCUGGAACACUCGGACCUCAUCAUGACCCUCUCCCCCUCUGAGGAGGCAAAUCACAUGGACUCGCUCGGCGUGGCCCGCGACACCACGCCUGCUGACCCCCACGCCUUCGCCACGAGGAUGGCCGGCUUCGACGCCUCCUUGCCGGAUAUGAAUAACCUGCAUGUUUCUGAGGGCGCUAAGGCAGAAGCUGUGCAGGAGGGGGAGGACACCACAGUGCAUGACGAUGACCUUUCUAGUUCCAUCAACGAGCUCCCAGCAACUUUUGAAUGCAGUGACAGCCUUAGCCUGGACAUGACUGAGGCAGAAGAGAAAGGCGACCGAGCACUGGAUCAGUUCACACUUGCAAGCUUUGGAGAAGGGGACAGGGGUGUCUCCCCACCUCCCUCGCCCUUUUUCUCGGCCAUCCUCGCUGCCUUCCAGCCCACGGCCUGUGACGACGCGGAGGAAGCCUGGCGUAGCCACAUCAACCAGCUCAUGUGUGACUCGGAUGGCUCCUGUGCUGUGUACACGUUUCAUGUGUUCUCCUCUUUGUUUAAGAAUAUUCAGAAGAGGUUCUGCUUCCUAACCUGCGAUGCAGCCAGUUACCUGGGAGAUAACCUCCGUGGAAUUGGAUCCAAGUUUGUCAGCUCCUCCCAGAUGCUCACCUCCUGUUCUGAGUGCCCCACUCUUUUUGUGGACGCUGAGACUCUCCUUUCCUGUGGACUUCUGGACAAGCUCAAGUUCAGUGUCUUAGAAUUGCAAGAAUAUUUGGAUACCUACAACAGCAGAAAAGAGGCCACUCUCUCAAGUUUCCUUGGAAUGUAGCCUGCACCACCUUCUAUCUUACAAGAGAUAAAAGGAAAGGGAAGCAAGCAAAGAGUGGGGACUUCAUACCACCAAGAAAGCAGUGCCGAGAGCAGAGCGCAUCCUUCCGACCCGAGUUUCCUGCGUGGAGAAGUUCCUAGUCCAGGGGAAGAUUGAUGACAGGGAACCUUCCUCUAUAGUCGACAGAGAAAGCCUUACCCUGGAGCUGAUGCCCUGAAUUUGGACUUCUAGUCUACUAGACUGUGAGAGAAUAAACUUCUGUUUGUUAAAGCCAUCCACUUCUGUUACAGCAGCACUAGAUGACUAAGACAACCACCAUCCAUUCAAACCCCCUGGUUUCCAACAAAUGGAUAGUUUGAGAGCUCGAGUGAUUCAAUAGUAACAAUAAUUGUAUGUAAUAUGUGUUGAACACUUAGUACAAUAUCCCAAAUACUACAAAAAGAACAUGGGUUUUCAAGUCAGAUGAACUUCGGUUCAAAUCACAGCUCAGUUACUUCAAGAUGAGAAACCUUCAGAUUCAUCACCUGUAAGAGUUACAGUAAUGAUUAAUUUUCAGGAUUGUUAUAAGGAAAUGGCAAUUAUAAUAAUCAUAGCAGGUGUCAUUUUCUGAGUUCUUUCCACAUGUCAAACAAGCUGGGUUCCUGGGUGGUGCAAACAGCUUGCACUUGGCUACUAACUAAAACGUUAGCGGUUCAAGCACACACCACCAUGCCAUGGAAGAAAGGCCUGGCAAUCUACUUCUGUAAAGAUCACAGCCAAGAAAAACGUGUGGAGCACGGUUCUCCUCUGUAACACGUGAGGUCUCCAUGAGUCAGAAUUGACUCGAUGGCAAUGGGUUUUGGGUUUUAUUGUUGUUGUUCCAACAACCAAAUAAGCGUUUCAUAUAAUUGUCUCAUUUAAUCCUCACAGCUGUCUUGUGAGUGGCUGUGAUUCUCCCCAUUAGCUGGGAGGGCAAGAGUGGGAUUUAAACCCAGGUCUGUGGGAUUCAAAUGUCCCUGCUCUUAUCCACAACAUGACAUUACCUUGAAAAUAGAAAUAAUAGGUGUAAAUGCCCAGCACAGUGCUGCAUCCAGAGCCGACAUUCAAUGUAAAGGUACUAGUUUUUUAUUUGUUCGUGGCUGUGGUUGCUCCUGGCCUUAUGGCCUGUCCACAGGUCUGAGCUCUGACAUUCCACCAUGAUGUUCCCUUUGACUUCUGCUCCUAACCCGUUGUUAUUGUCUUUUUUUUUUUUAAAUAAUAUUGUGUUUUCGCUGAAAGUUUAUACAGCAAAUUAGGUUCCCCUUUGACAAUUUCUGCACACAUUCCUCAGUGACAUUAGUUACAUUUUUUACAAUGUGUCAACAUUCUCUUUAAUUGCAUCUUGGUUGUUCUGUUCCCAGUAUUCUAGCUUCCCUGCCCCCUUAUCAUCUCACUUUCUUUAGAUUAAUCAUUUACCUUUUGGUCUCGUAUAGAUGGUUUUUUACUGGAGCGCUGUACUCAUGGGUAAUAUCUUUUAUAUUGUGUGCUAAUCUGCUAUUUCGCUAAAAGGUGAUCUCGGGAUAGUUUCAGUUCAGUGUUUAGAGAGUGUCUCAGGGAGUCCUCUAGUCUCAACUGGUCCAGUAAUUCUGGACUUUUUAAGAAUUUGAGUUCUGUUCCGUGUUUUUCUCCCAUUCUAUCAGGCGCACCCUUUGUGGCCCUGAUCAGAACAAUCGGUAGUGGUGGCUGGGCACCACCUAGUUCUUCUGGUCUCAGGGCAGAUGAGGCCGUGGCUCAUGUAGGCUGUUAGUCCUACAGACUAGUUUCUUCUCUGAGACUUUUGUUUCCUUCUUUUGCUACUGACCACAAGGUUAAUAGUUGUAUCUUAGGUGGCUGCUCGCAAGCUUUUAAGACCCCAGACACUACUCACCUCACCAGGAUGCAGCACGUGAACUGUGUGAACUGUGUUAUGCCAAAUGACUGAGUUGUCCCGUGAGACUAAGGUCCUAAACCUUCAAACCUAGAACUGUCAUUGUUUUCUUGUGUGAUCCUUUCAUUCUAGUUGGUGAACAAGCCAGUCUUUUCAUAUCACAUACAGAUUUCAGUUCUCUAACAGUCAUUGCUUUCUAACCAGGGGUUCCUUUUCGCAUCUGUGUUAGAUGCUAUCUUAGAGGCUUAAGCUGGCAGAAUCUCUAAGUAAGUGAGCCAUCACUAUAAGAGCUUUUCUUACAAUGAAGUAGACCUGCCCAAAGAAGCCUCUCAACAGAAGUAGGUCAGGUCGUGUUGUCCAAAACGUGGAGCAGAUUCCCACUCAGGGCGACCCCGUGUGUGUCCGAGCAGAACUGGGUUCCACAGGGUUUUCAUGGAGCAGAUUCCCACUCAGGGUGCCCCCAUGUGUGUCCGAGCAGAACUGGGCUCCACAGGGUUUUCAGUGGCUGAGUUUUUGGAACUAGAUCACCAGACUUUUCUUCUGAGUCACCUCUGGGUGGACUCGAACCACCAACCUUUCAGUUAGCAGCCAAGCACAUUAACCAUUUUCACAACCCAAAAACCAAACCCAUUACCCUCAAGUCAAAUCUAACUCCUAGCCACCCUGUAGGACAGAGUGGAACUGCCCCAUGGGGUUUCAGUGCUGUAGUCUUUAUGGAAGCAGACUGCCACAUCUCUCCCCCAGGGAGCGGCUGAUGGAUUCCAACCACUGACCUUUUUGGUUAGCACCCAAAGGCUUAACCACUGCACCACCAGGGCUCCUCCUUGCACCACCCAGGGCCUCCAAAAACAUGAUUAUAUAAGAAAAAGUUUGAAACCACCCAACCUGUAAGAAAAUGUUGUUUAUAUCUCCUAAUGUCUAUCCUACAGAAGUUUUCUAACCAUAUAUAAAUUUGUUUUAAUUUAUACCUAAACUAUGAAUGGUCUGGUGAAAACAGUCCCCAGGUGACAUAUCACAGUGUCGAAAUUAUAUUUUUAAAUGACCAUCCCCAAACCCCACAUUUCUUGAUACUUUAAUUUCAGACAGUUAACCUCAACCCAAAGAAACAAUCCUUUUCUUAAAGUCGCUAUAGCAAUAAUUUCUUUUUCUUCCUUCUCUCUCUCUUCCUUCCUUCCUUCCUUCAUUGAUUUAUUGAUUGAUUGGAGGCUUAAUAAAUUUUCCU